AUGUCUGGCAUCGUCAACAAGAUCAAGGAGGCCGUCCACUCCGACAAGAGCCAUAGCGCCCCCGAGGGAACUCAGGGCCCCCACAACAGCCGCGUUGCCAACGCUGCCGACCCCCGCGUCGACUCUGACCGCGACGGCUCUCGCAACAUGGGCGCCGCUCGGACAGCUGGCCACGGCGAGUUCGGCAGCAGUGCUGCCUAUAGUGGAAGCUCCGGCAUGACUUCGGGCACCACUGGCUACAACACCGGCGCUACAGAGGGCUCUCACGGCCCCCAUAGCUCCCGUCUGGCCAACGCCGCCGAUCCUCGUGUCGACUCUGACCGUGAUGGCUCGCGCACUGUCAGCGGAACCGGCAACGCUUUCAGCCCCAACACUGGACGCGGCGAGUUUAACACUGGAAGCACAUUUGGCGCCACAGAGGGUUCUGCUCGUCACGCCGGACACGGCAAGUUUGGCAGCGGAAACACGUUUGACACAUCUGGCACGGUAGAGGGUGCCCGCGGUCCUCACAACUCCCGCAUCGCGAACGCUAUGGAUCCCCGCGUCGACUCGGAUCGUGACGGCUCGCGCACUGUCGGCGGGACUGGUAGUAACUACAAUAGCCCCAAUACCGGCAGCACCUUCAGCCCCAACACUGGCGGCAACACCUUCAGCCCUAACACCGGCAGCAGCACUUUCAACCCCAGCCAUAACGCUGGCUCCGGCGUCACCGGCAUGGCUGGCACACACGGCCAGCCGACCGGUACGCACAGCAGCCGUUUCGCCAGUGCCGCCGACCCCCGUAUCGACUUUGACCACGACGGCCGCGCCGGCGUGGGCUCCAGCGCUCCAGGCCCAGCACCCAACACUGCUGGCCCCCACAAGAGCGACAUGAUGAACAAGAUGGAUCCUCGCGUCGACUCCGACCUCGAUGGUAGCAAGACUGUCGGCGGUAACAACACCUACCAAUCAGGAACUAGAUACUUGAACAAGGACCCCACGGAUGCCGCCCAAGUCCCUCCGUCGGUGCUUCAGCGCCACAUUGGGGGGCCCUUGAUCGCGCAUAACGACACCCGCCAUCAUCGCGAGAGGCGGAAUAGCGUCAAGACCCAUCAGGAGACAUUCAGCGGAAUCUAA